UUAAAGCAUUUGUGGGUAAUAUACAAGAGUCAUUCGGAACUCAUCCUAUCUUCCAACUAACACGAGAAUGAAGAAUCAGUUUAGAGAAGUUUCGUUCUAUAGUCUUUUAACCUGGGUCAUAUUAUCUGAAGUUUACGGUGAGGUGAGACAAAGACAAUGAUGAUAGUUGACAUUGUUGUUGUUUCCUGGUGUUAACGCCCCGCUUACUAUUUACAAAUCUCAAGCCAAAAUUUCAAAACAGUGUCUUGUAGAUUGUUUUCGUUAGUGUCAUUUUUAUUAAUUUCAAUGUUAUAAUAUACGAUAUCAUGAUAUAACUUAGGUACCGAAACAAAAUGCCUAAAGCAAUACGUAAAAUGCUCGAAAAUGGAUAUUCCUACGACGAACCCGAUCGAAUGCCGAACAAUAUAAAUAUAACAUAUUUUGAUAUCUUCAUGUAUGUUGUUGCUAUUGUGGGCCAUUUUAUAGACUUAGGAUUAGAUAUUAAUGUUGCCGUACAGUAUUGCUUAUCUCGUAAGAUGAUGGAAUUUGGUUGGACUUUGGUUUUUAUACUUUUACCGGCGUUCGUGAAUACAGCUGUUUCUGUUCGAAUGUACUCUCAAGACAAGCAGCAAGAUUCAUUGAGUAAUGAGUUCACAAAGAGGAAAUGGCUUCGAAUAUUCAUACUAGUUCUUCAAAUGGCACCAAUUCUCCGAUUUGCUGAUGCUCUCAUCUAUGCUAUCAAAUCUCGUCGAGCUGCACAUAAACGUGAUCAGGCAUCCCAGAGAAUGUACUAUAGUUUAAUGCUGAAAGAGGAUUCUGAUGCAGCAUUACUUCGAAUAUUUGAAUGCUUUUUAGAAGCAGCCCCACAGCAAGUUUUGCAGACUAGUUUACUGAUGCGACAGUAUGAUGAACUGGCUAUACACCAACUGCUAUCUAUCUGCUCAUCAAUUGUGGGCAUGGGAUGGUGUCUUGCAGCUUAUCAGCGAGCCGUGCGAUACGCCCAGCAAAAUAAAAACAAUAUUACGUGGUUUGGUACUGCAUUCCAAGUGAUAUGGCAUUUCUUGGUUACAUUGAGCCGAAUCACAUCAAUAUCAAUAAUAGCCUACCUGUUUCCAUACUGGACUGUUCUUGCUUGUACUAUACAUAUUCUCAUAAUGACAACUUGGUUACAAUUAGUUGACCAAUCAACAUUUUGCACUCAAAAUAAAUUAGCCGAAUUCUUCUUCUCUCUAGCAUUAGGAGCUGUAUACUUAUUUACAUAUAUUUUACCAGUUGAAGGCCGGACAAGAUAUAGAUAUGCCUUAUACUACAGUAUAUGUGGAAUACAAAAUGUUAUAUGUAGUAUUUUAUGGUUUUUAUUUGUAGAUGAAGCAAUGAGAAUAUCAAUAUAUUUUUAUCCAGUCCUAGUAAUAAGCAUUAUUCCAUACAUGAUAGGAUUAGUUUUUAUGUUGAUGUACUAUGCAUGCUUCCAUCCAAAAGUUAGUGUUACAUUAUCUGUUUCUUUUAAAGGUGAUGAUGUGGAAGUUAGUUAAAAAUAUUAUUUUUUUCAUAAAAAGUACAAAAUGCAUUUAUACAAAUAAGUUAUAGUUUUAUAAUCAGAAAUAUUACUCAUGCCACUAAAACUAGUGAUAUAUUUUUUUAUAAAAAAUUUUUUAGUAUAAGAGCAUACUCAAUUUACUGUUGUAAUGAGUGAAAGACUUAAUAGAUUUAAGAUAUCUUUAACAUAAUCAUUCUGAAUCUCUUUUUUGCCAACACUUUUUAAAUAUAUU